AUGGCCCGUUAUAUCAUGCCACUCAAAGACGAGCAGCGGCUACCGGAAGGUGCCCCUGCAAUUGCAGCUUCAUUUGCAGAGUUUCAAUAUCAGUUUGAAGCCUUCACCCACGGUAAGGGUGCAUUGGACGCACCUGAAAUUCAUUCGGAGACAGUGAACAUGCUAACUGACAUCGCAAGACUGGUCGAAUCUUGUGCAGUUGAGGAAGCCGUAGUUCGGAAGAAUCAGCGACUUGAUCCUGGCGAAGCUCUCUGUCUGCGUAUCAAGAACACCGUGACGUUUAUUGCCCCGAGAUGGCCGUUUCGUCAUAUCCAGGUGGGUGUUGGCUCAUCGGUUCUUGCCCUUGCGCCAAUUUUAGGUGGUCUUACGGCUCUAUCGAUGGGAAUCCUUGGACCGAUCCCGCAUUAA